UUGCAUGGCGAGGCUACCCAGCAGAAAAUAUGGCGGCUUCUCUGUAAUAAUGCGGGGACUUGUUGCGGUGCUCUAAUUGAUGGGGUUUUGAGAUGUCCUUUGCAGCAAAGAAUGCUUUCAGGAGUUUUACAAGUCAUCAUUUUGGUUCUGUUUCUAGAUUAGCAUUUUUCUCAGCAAGGCCGCUGUCAGCUUAUUGGCGUAAAUCAGAUCAAGCAUUUAGGUUAUUAUUACACAGAAAACCACAGAACUGCUUUUAUUAUGCAAGCAAAGCUGAUAGUGAGAUUAAAGAAAACCCAUUAGCUUAUAACCAUUUGCUGAUCAAGUUGGAAGGGUUGGAUGAUGGUGUUCUGGACCACUACUGUCAGUUUGUAACCAGUGCUACCAAAAUGAUGAAACUUGAAGUGAAAAAGAAAUUCAACCUUGUAACAGAGAACUUUAGUCAAACUCUGGUUUACCCACCUGACAGCUACAAACAAGGUGGCAUCACGUACGAUUUUAAAAAGCAUGGCCGUAUGAUUCAGGUUGCAGAGGUUCCAUUCAACAAGUCAGAUAUCUUUGUUCAAUAUUUGCAAGAUAAUAUUCCACCUGGUGUCACAGUCCACAUGGAACUGAAAAAGUGGGAAGACUUUGUUUCACCUCCUGACCCCAGACUUCUGGAGCAGGAAAGAUUGGAAAGGGAAAAGAUUGAAGCAUGGAAGAACAAAAACCAAUCUAAAUAAAAGUGGACACAUUCACUAAUGAAGAGAAAGGAUGAAACAAAAUGACUUUAGGAUUUGUUGUAAUGAAAGGACUUUGAAGCUGCUUUUAAUCUGAGUUUCCUUGACAUAGUCUCUAAGAAUUUUCACAGCUAUGAGUACCUUUUGUAAAAAAAUUGAUAGUAAUCUGAAGAAGGGAAAAUAUGAUGUCAGGAGUGAAUUCUAAGCAAGUGUAGCUUUUUCUGUUACUUGAGGGGAUAAAAGAAAAAAAAAGGCAAGUGAGAGAACGAGGGAGGAUUACCUAUUUGACCCCUAGGGAGUGUUUAGCAUCUAUUUUCUCCUUACCAUACAACCCCUGAAUCAAACAGUAGGGUCAUGAGAAUAAAGGAAGUGAUCACCAACUAAAGAAGCUCUAGAUUUUCAAACAAAUUCUCCUUGUUAGCACCUUAGGAAAUACAUAGAGAAUGAUAUGGAAAAUAUGAAUCCUGAUAUCAGGGUCUUUAAGGG